GGUGCUCAAGGAGAGUGGCUUGUUUGAAAUUGUUUUAACAUAUGAACGGAGCUGGAAAUAGUGAUUGUAGAAAAUGGGAAGAUGUUUACUUGAUGCUUAUUUCCAACCAGAAUCCAGCAGAUGGCAUUCCGAUCAAAGGGACGUUGUUUUUAACAGAUGAUGGAACAAAAGUAAGCAUUCACUGGGUUCCCCAUCAGGACCAAGACUCUUCUUUAUCGCAAGAAGAUACAAAAGGAUGUGCAAUAGAUAUUAGAGAUAUGGAUUUCCUUAUUAUCCGGAAAACUCCAUUUUCUCCGUGUCGUGGAGUCUACUUGUCUCUAAAAUCGAAUGCAACAUAUGGUCCGUUUGAAUUCCGCAGUGGUGGUUCAUCUUCAUUUCUGCAAAAUCUGAGUAGUUUGGCUGAUGUUAGAAAAUGCGAUGAUUAUGAAAAUCGAUAUAGUGUAAGACCCCGUCCACAAAUAAAUUUCCCAUCUAACUAUCAUCUUCCUCAACAUUAUGUACAAAACAAAAGACAAUUCAGUUCAGGAGUUGUUGGAACACCUUUUUCUAACCAAUUGGGUGCUUCAUUGAGAAAUAUUGGACUGCAUGUCAAUACACUUGUGCAAAAUAUAUUAUCGCCUAACUUAGAUGAAAAUGUUGCUCCUGAUGGCACUUCAGAGGAAUAUUUAACAAAAUGUAUUGCAGAAGAUCUCCGAACGAUUGAAUCCACUGGUCUUAGGACUACAGAUGAAGGGGGUUUCGCUGUUGUUGAGCGGCGACCAAACCCAAUUUCCCUCCCUCCACUGCCUAAUGUUCACCGUUCCUUACCGUUGAAUAUGAGUCAGUGGAAAAAGUCUUUGGAUCCAGAAGGCCGGGUGAAUCGACCUGAAAACUUACGUGAAAUCAUUUUUAAUGGUGGUAUUGAAAAAGAUUUGCGACCUAUAGUUUGGAAGUAUUUACUCGGUUAUUAUCAAUGGACGUAUACUACAGAAGAAAAUGAAAGGUUAAGAGCUGAAAAAAGUCGUGAAUACCAUACAUUGAAGGCAUUUUGGAAGUCAAUGUCAGCUGACAGGGAAGCCAGAUUUACUUUGUUUCGUGAUCGCAAAUGUUUUAUUGAUAAGGAUGUCCCACGAACCGACCGUAAAACUGAUUUCUAUAGUGAUGAUAAUCGCGGGAAUUUGACGCGCCUCUCAGACAUACUUAUAACUUAUACUAUUUAUAAUAUGGAUUUUGGUUAUUUUCAGGGUAUGAAUGAUUUACUUGCGUUAAUUCUUUAUGUCGUAAAGGAUGAAGAGGAUUCUUUCUGGUGUUUUGUUGGUCUAAUGAAUAGACUUGAAUCCAACUUUGAUGGAGAGUUAAAUGCUGUAAGAGAACAGUUCAAUCAGUUAUUUUCGCUAAUUGAAAUAGUUGAUCCUGCAUUCAGCGAAUACCUUGAAAUGAAAAGUGCCAAAGAAAUGCCAUUCUGUUUUCGUUGGUUGCUAAUUCAUUUUAAAAGAGAAUUUUCCUACAAUGAUACUAUGAUAUUAUGGGAGGUAAUUUGGACAGAUUAUCGUACAAAAAAUUUCCAUAUAUUUUUCGCUGCUGCUGUGCUAUUAAUGCAAAGAGAUAAUAUAAUGAACAGGAAAUAUGAUGCAAAUAGUAUAUUAAAGGUAAAUUUGACCUUAUUCAAAUGUUUUACUGUUAUUUAUAUUAUUCAGACAUAGUAAAACAUUGAUACGAUACACUACACCAGAUCUGAAAGUAUUUUUUUUACUUGUAAUGACUGAUGGGUUGGUUAACGGUACUGUGGUGAUGUGAAUGACAGAAUUUGUAUAGCAGUUGAACUUUUAUUAUUCUAGCAAGUCAACGUCCAUUGUGGGCAAUUUAGGUUAUUUUAUUGGAAAAUAACCAAUUCAACUUUUGAAAAUAAGGCCAACAUUACAGUUAUGGAAAAAAGGCGAUCCAGACUAUGGCUUAUAUUGAUACUACUUUUGUUACAAACAGCCUAACGGUUUAACUAUCUGAUUGACUUGUCAACGUAGAACUUCACACAGAAGGUCAGUAGUUCAAGUUAGCACACUGUAUAUAUAGCACACAAAGGUGAAGUAAAUAAAUUCAGGAGACUAUAAUGAACGGAGAUGUAUGGGAAAGAUAAUAAGUAAGUGGAAAGUAAUGAGACUUUAAUAGAUCUUAUAGUUCAAAGAGAGUGAAUAAAUCUGCAGCGUUGAGAACAAUGGCUCAAACCAACUGUCAACGAUUUCAUGGAUUGAUGCCGAGUAUUGGUUUAACCACUCCUAAUUCUUUUCCGACCUAAUCGUGUGCCAGCCAGCAUUGCUCCUUGAGGUAGGCGAUGGUGUGGUGUGCGCAACAUGUGCCCUAACCAUCUCAGUCUAUGUAAUUUCACAAUGUCAUCGAUUGACUUGAUUGACUUGUAUGAUACAUUUACCUAACCGUGCAACUGAAAUAGUUUCUACUUAACUGCUUUCUUCUUCUUCUCCUCGUCCUCGUCCUCGCCAACUUAGCAUGUGAAUGAAUUAUCAAUGAAAAUUCCACUAGAAGCAUCCCUUAAUUAUGCUACAGCUUUACUGUCUCAGUUAGAACAAAUUUCCGAUUCUCUACCGAAAUCCGUACGGAAUAUUAUCCAUGGACAGUCGUUGGCGAUGUCUAGACAUGUCAGUGAAUCAAAACAGAAAGGAAUCAAUUGUCCAGAUCCAUCAUCUAUAUACGACUAUUCGCCGACACUAUUAAAUGAAGAAUUAGAGGUGCUGAUGGACAAUGAAAUGUAUGAUCCUAAUAAAGAUGUGACUAAUCAGUCUAUUCUAAUGAUUCCUUCUGAUACUAAUCGACAGUUUUUUCAGUGAUUUUAAUGAAUUAACUAACUUGGUUAUUAUGCGAAACCAAGUGCAUUAUGUUAUUGGAUAACAAGUCAUAAU